AUGGUGAAAUUCUAUCUUUACUCUUUAUCUCUCGCCCUCUCUCUCCUCAACGCUACUUCUAGCUCUUUCGCUCAGCAGGUAUCCCAAAAUCCUCCUUCAGCCACGAUCGAUUCAGGAGUUGUUGUUGGUCUGGCGACGUCAUUGUCCGAAGGUGGAUUUCCAAUCAACAAAUUCCUAGGAGUUCCCUUUGCUGCGUCUCCGGUACGCUUCCAGCCUCCAGCAAAACCAACUCCAUGGACUAAGCCUCUGGAAGCGUCCAAAUACCGCCCAGCCUGCAUCCAGCAGCUUGCCACUCAGGAUGGCAUUCCGCCAGCGCAAGUAGCUUCGUGGUCCAAUACUCCACCUCCACCAGCCGGGGAAAGCGAGGAUUGUCUCAAUGUCAACAUAUACGCACCCAAUUCGACUGGAAUGAAGCCUGUUAUGGUCUGGAUCUAUGGCGGCGGUUUUGCUCUUGGCUUCAACAGCGAUCCGCGUUGGGACGGGUCUUUCAUGGCGGCGAACCAAGACGUUGUCGUGGUGUCGGUGAACUACAGGACCAAUGUUUUUGGAUUCCCAAUGUCUCCUCAACUGCCUCUUUCGCAGCAGAACCUAGGAUUUCUCGAUCAACAUUUUGCGCUGGAUUGGGUGCAACGUAAUAUCCAUUCAUUCGGUGGAGACCCAAAGCGGGUAACGAUAUUCGGAGAAUCAGCUGGAGCAGCUAGUGUGGACGCGUUGGUAACUUCGUAUGACGAAAACCCACCGUUUGUCGCAGCCAUCAUGGAGUCUGGUCAAAUAACCUUCUAUCCCAACACCCCAAAUGCGACUGCUCCUUGGAAAAACAUGGUUGCAAGGCUGAACUGCUCAUCUGCGCCCGACGUGCUCGCCUGCGUCCGAGCCAUUCCUGCCACCGAAAUUAAGUCAACCAUUGAAGGGCCUGGUAAUUUUGCAUUUGGUCCUGUCAGAGACAAUAUCACAUUUAUUUCCCAUUCGGGGGUCGCUAGACAGCAACGGAAAAUCGCCCAGGUACCGAUCCUGAUCGGCAACAAUUUUCAAGAGGGCCGUCUUUUUGUGACUGCAUACAAUUCAACCCAACAGUAUUUGGAGAGAACUCUGCCGAACAUGAACCAGUCUUUUUACAACAGAGUGCUCACUGCAUAUCCUCUUGGAUCUCCUGGUAUCUCCAACGAAUUCGAGCGUGCAGCGGCGAUUGACACCGACUUCCGCUUCUUAUGCCCCACGGCCCAGGUUGCCAACUACUCAUCGAUGGCUGGCCUUCAAACCUGGCGGUAUCUAUUCAACGCUUCCUUCCCAAACACACAGUUAUUUCCGGACGCCGGCGUAUAUCACUCUAGCGAGAUAUCGGAGGUUUUCGGAACUUACCCGAGGGGCGACGUUACCACCAAGCAAGAAUCGCUAAGCCGAUACAUGCAAAAGGCUUGGGCAGACUUUGCAAAGAACCCAACAGGUGGGCCGGGCUGGAAAGCGGUGCCGAAUGUUGCCGUGCUGGGACAGUCGGAGCAGGAGAUUGAGCAGAAUAUGCCAGGUACCACCAUAGACAAUAUUUGCGCGUUGUACAUGCCACUCUAUAGCGCGCUUGCUUGA